AUUGGUUGUUUUAAACAUUACCCACACAUGAUGUAUAAUAAAAAAAACAGAUACUUCCUUGUGAGACAGCUAUAAAAGGUGACACGUUCUUGAUUUACCACAAACCUCAUAUAAAGUGCUGCUGAGUACAUCCUUAAGCAAAGAUUUGUCUACUCAUCAGAGCUUCUUCUUCAAAAUGGACAAUGGAGGGUUUGAAAUGCAAGAAGAGGGUAUGGCGGGUCCUAACCCACAGAAAAAUAAAAAAAAUGUCAUGUAUAUUUCAUCCGGUCAGGAAAAGAGCCAUUCGUGUUCUCUAAUGAGAAUCUUCCUUGUUUGCUUUUUGGCUUGCCUGAUAACCACGGCACUUGGAGUGUUGAUUCUGUCCUUAGUUUAUGUGGGGCAUUUUAAUGAAAAAGACAAUGGGGAGGCAAUGAGUCCUGGUAUGGGUGCGAACCCCCCAAAGAGAGAAGCCAAAAGUCGAUUUAAUUUUCUGCAUCAACUUGGAAAAUCAAAGGCAUUCCAAUUUCAAGGAGGUGCAAUCCAGUGGGCCCGGUUCAGGAAUAAUCCAGACGAAUAUAACAGUGAGAAUGAAAUGAAGUUUGGAGACAGUAUAAACAGUCAUCAAUCUAAAAUGAUGGCAGGCACCCUACGCAUUUUGAGCAGAGGUCUGAGAGCCCCACACUGGCACUUUAAUGCCAAUGAGCAUGGGUUUCUGGUACAGGGCAAGGCAUGGAUUGGUGUUGUGGAUGAUGGAGCUAACACUGUGGCCACAUUUAAUGUUUCUGCCGACCAAGUCAUCUUUUUUCCAAAAAACACUCUCCACUGGGUGAAAUGUGUGGGGGAUGAAGAUUGCCUUUUCCUUCUUUUUUUCACUACACACGAUGAGCUGAAAACCCUUGAUGUGGAUGAUGCAUUCUUUAAGACUCCAGAAGACAUUGCUUCAAGGUCAUUAAAGCCAGACGGAGGGGUAGAGUUCAUAAGGACAUUCAAGAGGCCAAUUGAAGACCAAGCUAUCAACCUCCCACCAAACCUGGUGGAGCUUAUCCAGAAUGCCAGCUAUGUCCAGUCUGAAGACAAUCUUGUUGGGAAAUAUUUUUAUGACUUGAUAGGCUCCAAGAAGUAUCAGUUCCCUGGAGGUAUCAUUCAGUGGGCGCGCUAUCGCAGAAAUUCAGCGGACCUGAAUGAAAAAGAGAGAGUCUACAGUGAAUCCAUCAAUAAUCACGAGGAUACACUCACCCUUGCAACAUUAAGAAUUUACAGCAAUGGCCUCAGACAACCACAUUUUCAUUUCAACGCUCAUGAAAUGGGAUAUGUUAUCAGUGGAUGUGGACUGAUUGGUAUUGUGGGUGCAGAGCCAGUUGAAGAGUUUGCCAUUGACGUGGGAGAUGUAUUUUUCUUCCCGAUUGGAACCCAGCAUUACAUUAAGAGUGUUUGUACAGAAGAUUUAUAUAUGAUUCUAGCCUUCAGCACAGGAAACCAGUUGGAAACCCUUGAUAUGGAUGACUAUUUCCACGCUACAGCAGAUCACAUCCUAGCUCAGCUUUUCAACAAGAAACAGAGUGAAUUUAAGAAGAUUCCGAGAUUUAAUGAAGACCAGGCUGUGAACAUACCGUAAACCCAUUAACUAGCCAUGUGGUCACACGUAGACAUUAUCAAUGCUGCUGGGACAUAUGUCUGUCCAUUCAGUCGAACUGAUUGUUGAAUAAUGAUACAGAAUGUAAUAAUUUAAUGACCUCAAAGGUUCUCAUAUUUCAUCCUCUUCCACAAUGCUGCAGGUGGAAACAUUCUGCUUAUAUAUUAUAUGUGUUUACAAUGUAUCCCGGGUGGAUCCUCUGUCUGGCCACCCAGAUUAUUUUAUGUUUAAUGAUGCAGCGCAUCAUCUAACCAGUUCAAUAGUUAAAGGGGAUCUGUCACUUCUUUGGAAUUUACAUAACAGAACAAAACAAGCUAUUCGUUGUGUUAACCUUUUUUCAUGAGUUGUUUCAUUUUUAUUUAAGUUUAAAUUAGAAUUUUAGAAAACCCAUCAUAAUCCAGUCCAGGCAAAGUCAGGGCAAACAAUGCAAGUGAAGAGGAGAAAUGGAAACAUUGUUUUAUUGCUCCUGUUUUCUCCAUGCUUGCUUUUGGGUGCAAAGGACUGAGCUUAUACUGAUGAUAGAGAAGGAGCUAAGCUGGAGGCUCACAGUUGCAGGAUAAAGAUGUAUAUCAAUGUAUAUUCACUUCUAACUCUGGUUUACUUAAAGGAGCAUUCUAACAUUAGACAUACAAACAGGUAUUUUAAAGUUUAGAGCGGACUCCUGUUUAUUUACAUGCAGGACACCCCCUGAAAAUAAAGAACCUUCACUUACAUUUCUUUCCACGCCGGUGUUGAUAACCUCAGCCAAUCCAAUUCAUCCCCAUAGGGAAGCAAUGGUGGGCUAUUGCGCAUGCAUGGCAAUCAAUAUCUCCUCACUGAGAUGCACUGGGUGUCUAUGGGAAGCGUUUGUGUCUUCAUGCAGAGCUUGAAGACAUUGAACGUCGGCUCUGCAAAGAUUUCAGAACCACAACAGGGAGCACCUUGAGUGACUGUCAGAAUGACAACCACUAGACGUUUUCUCAGGGGCAAAUGUACAUACUUCCUUUCUCAGAAAAGGUAAUGUGUACAAAUGUCAUACUGUUGGGACAGACUUUUCACAUGUUCCUGGAAUACAGAAUAAAUUCAAUCGCCUCUACGUGCAGAAUCUAUGCCAGAAGAUGGAAAAGAAAUCCAACUCAGUUAAGUUGACAUUUUUUUCCCUGUUUUGUAGAAA